AUGUCCGACCCAGACACUUCGACAUUGGGAAAAGAAGAUCCAAUACAAAACCUACCUUCUUGGACAACAAUCCAAUCAUGGGUACUCAGACCACAAGCUAUCGCUAAAUGUUUCAUCAGUGAUAUUUAUCAAAUGUCGAGUUUGAUUUUACCAAAUACGACAGGGACGAGUUAUGGUUCUCGAGAUACAUUCCUACUCGAUCAUUUUCCUUGUCGUAUGGUCAACUUGGUAGGUGCCUCGACGACUCAGCUUUCUUCCUGUACAAACGAGACCGUACAUUUCCCAUCCGCAAAAGAACGUAAAGCUCUUCGACGUGCUCAAACUCUCGAAAACACUACAAAGAUGAAUUUAUCGCAACGCCCCCCUGUGAAAAUGUACGAAAAGAAAGAUAUUCGAGUGGGUGAUGUAGUGAGGGUUGUGGGGAAAGUUGAUGAGUGGCAAAGACGAAGGAAUGGAGCGGGGGAAUGGGUUAGACAAGUCGUUGUUGAAGAUGGAGGUGGUGGAAGUAUAACAAGAGUAGAUCCAGACGAACAAUUCCUACACGUAACACAAGUCAAUCAACUUCACCGUACAUUAUACUCUCAGCCAUUCAUCAUGCCCCCUGCUCCUACUCUCUCUAGGGCGAGUUCGCCAUUACGUCAAAGGAAAUUACCUAGUCCGGCAAAAUCGGUCAGAUCGGUCAUGUAUUCAGAUUCGUUAGCACCUUCUAGUGAAAUUGGGAGUGAAGUGGAAUAUGAUGAAGGUCCUGUUCCUUUACGUGACCCAUCCAAACUCCGUUCUUCUCAACUUACCGACCACACAUUCCGUCAUUACCUCCUAGACCAUAUGACCCAAACAACUUUAUCCACUAUCAGAUCAAUGUCACCUAAUCAACUCCAUCUCGCCCUAUGUGAUCUAUUUCCCGAAUAUGCAAUAUCGACCAAAGAUCAAACCUCGAUAUACCAGCCUACUUUCGAUUCAUCAUUUCCACCCUCCUUCAUCACUCCUCGACAGAGUACGACCGCUUCAAAUUCUCUUUUCAAACAACCCUCGACUUAUUCUGAUGAUACUUCAACGUGGUCAGUUGGAUCUGAUCAUGUUGGUAAAGACCUAUCAGAGGUGUUUGGGGAUAGCACAAAAGAUAAUAUAUCACCUUCUGCCACACCUACUCAAGCUAAAUACUUUCGUUCGAAAGCUGAACGUCUGAUGGAGAAAUCUUUCAUUUCUCAAGCGAAAGCAACUCCCGAGGAGCAUUCACACUCUUUGAAAUCUUUUCGACCCUAUCAGCCUCAUCAUCACCAACAAACUCUUUCUUUGACUCGUCCACAUAUCGAGUCGUUCCACUUACAUCACUCCGAACCGUUUCAAGAAUCUAAAAUAGAUGUUGAUCUGUUUACACCAUUUGCAUAUCCCUCACAAUCGUAUCAACAUUCCUCAAUCCCGAUGCAACCGUGGAAUCUUCAUCAGAACAAAAGUCGACCUCACAAUCACCAUCAAAACAACAGUCGACCUCACAAUCUUCCUCAGAACCAAUCUCAACCUUACGAUCUUAAUCAAGACCAAUCCCAACCCCACAAUCUCUAUCAAGCCCAAGCUCAACGUCAUAGUCAUGAAAAACAAGAAUUUUCAUACCAAGAACCAAGUCUAGAAACCUUCACCAUCCCCUCCAUACUCUCCAUCCCUCAUUUGAACCAACUCGCCGGAUUGGUAGUUGACGCAGAAUCCAAACGAACCGAACGAGCCCGUCGAAAACGUAUAACGGAAGGUAUCGCUUCUCAAGCAGAUCUAACGAUAUCUCCUCGUGCAUACAAAUUAUCAGGAGAGAAGAAAAGAAGAAAGAUGGAGAGAUUAGUGAGGUUUGUAUUGAGACGAAUUUCUGAAGAAGGUGGUUUAGUACAUGUCCAAUUAACCAGGAAACAAAAACAAGAUCAAAAUCCAACUUACCCCUCUGAUCCUUCCAUUGAGAUUAAAGACAAAACUUAUUUGAAAGAAUACGACUUUCAAUCGAAAUAUUCAAAUCAUACAUCUCCUCUACCAUACAUGAUUAGCGGUAUCAAUGACAAACAAGUAAGAAUGAUCAUGGAAAGAGAUAAAAGGGAAAGAGAUGAGGAAAAGGAAAAGGAAAGGGAAAAGGAAAAGGAAAAGAAAAAGGAAGAGGGAGAGGAAAGGGAGAGGAAGAAAAAGUAG